UUCACUAUUCAGUUUAUGAACAAGUAAUAAGGAAAAUGAGUGAUCAAAAAAAGCCUUUUCUUUUUAAUCGUUUUUUAGUUCGUCGAACAUGGUCCACAGAAUUUCCUUAUGUAGAAACUCCAAGAGUGAUAAGUUUUUUUAGUAAGGAUUUAAAUGGAUGCAAACCGGAUUUAUCACAUUUGAAAUAUUACAGAUCACCGCCGAUUCAAAAUGUUUAUUUUGAUCUUAAUGAAGGAUAUGAUAAUGUUAUUAACAAAGUUCCGUUUUCUCCAAACAUGGAUAACGUAUUGCAUUGGGCAAACUCGAAUCCAGAAGUUGUGCAAAGAUAAUCCUGAAAUUCCUCCAGACACUUCAAAUCCGGUUGACGAAAAUUCGGAGUUUUUUGGUGUUUUCUCAUAUAAAUUAGGGGAACAUAAUCUUCUUUACGUAGGGUCAAUUGAUGGAGUCAUUUCAAAUGAAAUUUUAACGAAACACACCAUUUUAGCAAAUGACAUUAAAUUUGCUGAGCUGAAAACUGGGAAACGGUAUCAAAUUCAUGAACGAAAUCAUUCGUUCUAUCUUAGGCGGGCAAAAACAUGGUGCCAAUCCUUUUUGAGCUGCGUUGAAAAAGUUUUGUUCGGAUAUAGAACAGAAAAUGGAAUCCUGGAAAAUAUAGAAGAAUAUACGCUGGAUGAAUUAUUAGAAGUUGUCGGGAAUAAGUAUAAUAACAGCUGAAGUAUUUGUGCAGGCACUAGCAAACUGGCAUCCCAAUAAAGCAAAGAACUUCUGCAAUGAAUUUUUGAAAUACGUAAAAGAUACUGUCACAGAAGAUCACGCCAAAUGUAUUUAUAAAUUUACUUGGCAUGCUAGGAAAGGAGAAAAAAAUAUUACAAUUGAGAUUUUAGAAAAUGUUAAUGAUGAAUCAAAAUAUUCAGAGUACUUGUUUCUACAUGAGUGGUAUAUUGCAAGAAUUAAUCAAUACUAAGAUAAGUCACAAAAUUAUUUGAUAGAGAAGACAAUCCACAAGCAAUCAGAAGUUUAAUAUUAAGAAUAAGAGGGAUAAGCAACUUAAAAUAAAUAUACUAACCCGGAAUGUAAUCAAAAGAAGAUUAAUUUUGCAGGGGAAAAAGCCGAAUUAAUAACCAGCCUAUUUUAAUAUUAGAAGGGUUUACUAAAAUUAAAAAAUUUCUUUUCGUUACAAUUUUAAAAUGCAUCUAUUUAAAAAUCUAAACGUUUCUACAUCGGUUCUUCUAAAGAUUUUUUCUGUUGCAUAAUAACAGUUUACUCUAACAUUGUACUCUUUACAUAUUUUUUAUAUAUGAGAAUAAUAAAAUAAUUAUAAAUAUAAGAUUGGUCUCCA